AUGAUUGCCUCAGAGCCCCAGGGCUCAGAUAUCGGACAUCCCGAUGCUUCAUACGCAACAUCAUACUACCAAGGAUAUAAUGGACCCGAGGGAGAUGCUGCUGAUUUCAAUGUUCCUCACGAAGAGGCUCAAGAAACCUCAAAUGGAGAUCAACAAUCAAUUGAACACCUACAAAAUGAAUACUAUGCACGUGGACUAGAAGAAAUCGACAGUUUACAACUUCUAGAUCUAUCGCCCCUUGCCACAUGGAAGCUUUCCUCACAUAAACAAGGCCAUGGAUUGGAUCAAUUGAGGGAAGAUAACGCAAACACAUACUGGCAAUCGGAUGGGAGUCUUGAUGGCACGCCUGAUCCUGGAGUCAACGGCGAAAGCGCACACCAUAAGCUACACUCAAUCACGCUUCAGUUCUCCAAAAAGGUGUCGCUUGAGCGCAUUCUGUUGUUUUGCAACUACAACAUUGAUGAAUCGUACACACCGCUGAAGAUCCGGAUUAUGGCUGGUAGCUCUAGCUGGGAUCUCACAGAGGUUUGUGUUGUGAGUUUUGAUAAACCAGUGGGAUGGUCGCAUAUAAUCUUUCAAGGGGUCCGCGGAGACGGCUUGCUCAAGUGCUUCGUGGUUAAGAUCAUUAUUCUAGCCAAUCAUCAGGAUGGAAAAGACUCCCAUGUCCGUGCCAUCAGAUGUUUUGGCAAAAAGGCCGUGUUUGGUGCAUCCAAGUACCCUCUACCUACUGCGGAUAGUAGUAACAUGUCUUUGAUUAGCCAUAGUGGACAAGUCCAUAGCAUGGAAUACCUCGGUCAUGUCGACGAAUCGCUGGCCGAGGAUAAAGACGCAGUAUCUGAUCCAGUGACAGAAAAGGUGCUAAACAAUGUUGCAAAUGUGAUAGGUUUCAACACUGGGUUUGAAACGUUACCUCUACAAAGCGUGUCUGGGAUUCGUUGA